CCUUUAUUUGUUUAAGAAUGUGUGAAGCUCCAUGCUGUUUUUUGGUGUGUGGAUUUUUUUUCAAAUUUUAAGAUUCAUUUUAAUGAUAUAGAAUGGCUCGAAAACCAAAGAAGAAAACAACUCGUAAACCUGAUGGAGAGUUGAUGAAAAGAGCUCUUGAGGACCAUAAAAAUGGGAAAGACAAUACGAAAAUCUGCUGAGAAGUUUAGUAUACCGUAUCCCACAUUUCACAGGUAUGUUUUAAAGUAUAUGAAUAAUCCUGCUUCCAUGAGCUUUGAGCCUGAUUAUUGCAACAGAAAAAUUUUCACUACCCAGCAAGAAAAUGAGUUAGUAGAUUAUUUGGUUAAGUGUGCAAAUAUGUGCUACGGCUUGACUACAACACAAUGUCGUCAGCUAGCAUAUAACUUGGCUAAGAGUAAUGACAUUGAUGUGCCAGACAACUGGGAAAGAAAUAAGGAAGCUGGUAUAGAUUGGUUCUAUGGUUUCAGACAGAGGAAUCCCACCUUGACAAUAAGAAAACCAGAAGGUUGCUCAUUAUCACGUGCAACAUCUUUUAACAGGCACAAUGUAAACAUGUUUUAUGAUAACCUCCAGGAGAUCUUGCAGCGAGAACCCAAGUUUUGUGAUGGUACUAGAAUCUUUAAUUUGGAUGAGACCAGCACCAAAACUGUACCAGAUAAAUUGCAAAAUGUGAUAGCGGGCAAAGGGAUUAAGCAAGUGAACCAAGCCACAAGUGGAGAGAAGGGGAUUCUAGAUACUACUUGUUGUAUAGUAAAUGCAGCUGGAAAUUCGUUACCCCCAGUAAUGAUUUUUCCUCGAAAGAAAGUUACAGAUGUCAUGUUUGAGAAAGCACCAUGUGGCACGUUAGCAUUAAGUGAGAAAAGUGGAUGGAUGACUGGAGAAAACUUUGAAAAAGUAAUGACACAUUUUGUGAAGCACUCAACAAGUAGCAAGGACAACCCAUCAUUGUUAAUCUUAGAUAACCAUGAAAGUCAUUUGGAUCCAAAGGCAUUAGACGUUGCUAAAACAAAUGGAGUGACAAUCCUCACUCUACCACCUCAUACAUCACAUAGGCUCCAACCUCUGGAUGUUUCUUGUUACGGGCCAUUCAAGACAUAUUAUGCAGGUGCACUACAGUCUGUUAUUUUUAGGAAAGCUUUGCCUGUUACCAUCUACAAUAUUGCAGAAUGCGUAAGCACUGCACAUGAUAGAGCUCUCCACCCCUCAAACAUAAAAUCUGGCUUUAAGAAGACUGGCAUUUUUCCUUUUGACCGUCAUAUAUUCACAGAAGAUGACUUUGCACCAAGUCAGGUUACUGACAGACCUCCACCUGAAGAUUCUGAUACUGGCAUGAACCUAGAUUUGCCAUCAGGUGAGAUCACAUCCCAAGCACCUGCUUGUGAUGUUGACAAAGUUACUUCCUUCACUUCUUCACCAGAUGACAGACCUAGAGAAAGCAACGCGAGUAAAUUACGAACAGAUUUAAAUAUUCCUGUUUCAGCAAACCAAUCAAGUGUAGUUACAAAAAUGGACACAGCUUCUUCAACUGUUAAAUUUCUGCAGGAGACACCAAAUAUAGAAUUAGAAAAAUCUGUGUUUCCUAAGUGCUCCCCAGUAGAUAUAAGGCCAUAUCCUAAUGCUGAAGAACAGAAAAAAAGAGAGGAAGGAAACAAGGCAAGAGUAUUAUAGCAACAGACACACCAGUGAAAAAUGAAAUCGAAGAAAGGAAAAAAUUUAAACAGAAGGGGGAAAAAACAAACAAAGACACAAGUAAAGCAAAAAAAAAAUGAAGUUUGAUUCAGACUCAGAUGAUGGAACAGCCAUAAAAUCUUUUGAUGAUGGAAUGUCAUCAACUGAUGACAUUAGUAUUAAUGGUAGUGAAGAUGAAAUAUUGGGCGAAUUUCCUGACAUAAAUUUGACAUGCAUAAAGAAAGAUGCUUAUGUUCUUGUUGGGCUGAAAGAUGAGAAAUAUCCGAAGAAAGAAGUUCUUUAUGUGGCACAAAUAGUCAAAGACAAGAACGAAAAUGGUGAUUUCGAAGUUAAAUAUUUAAAGAAAAGCACAAAAGUGGAAGGACAUUUUUAUUUGCCAUCUACUGAAGAGACAAAAAUAUAUACACUACCUGAUCAUUGUAUAAAGAUGCUUCUACAAAACCCUAAACAAUAUGGUGUCACCAAAAGACAGAACUCAUACAUUAGUUUUGGUAUUCAUUUUAAUAACUUGUAUAUUCGCUAAAAACUAUUUUUCGUCGAACGAAAUUCAACAAGACAGUUAGUUUUUGUGAUGGUUUUGUUAAAUACCUGAGGUAAUGAAUGUAAAUGUUUUUUUUUUUGUGUAUUUGUAGUGUUUGAUAAUGUAUUUAUGUAAAUUAAAAAUAUGGUUCAUAGUU